AUGAGGUUUGAGCUGCUGCUCGGCAGACUCACCUUCCGGUCGGGUCUUCGACAAACACUUGGCUGUAAACCCACCUCAUUUUUUAGUAUUCCCCGACCGCAAUGCGCGCGACAGCUACAUACGCCACGCCAAAUACCGUGGCGGCGCGGCGGAAGGCGAAAUAACAACGGCUAUGCGCUGCGGGCUUCGGCUGGCGCAGCGGCCAUCGGCACGGCGACCUUUGUCGAGCUCGCGCAAAAGGACAACGGCGGCACCGAGCUGACCGGCGAGCACCGCAUGCUGGAGCUGUCGCGCGAUGAGAUACGCAAGACGGUAGACGACAACGACCGUGGGCUGUCACGCCUCGCGCAUGAGGUACUGCUGUUCGUCGACCUGUACAUAUGGGAACCCCUCUUCACCGGCGUGCGGUUCCUUCAUCUCGUGGCUAUCUUCGUACCCGUAAUCGCCUCAGUACCCAUAAUCUGGCUCGGGCGGCGCAUUCCGGAGCGCGACGACGAGCGGCAGGGCACGCUGUGGUGGUACGCGCUCCUGGUCAAGGCCAUGGAGCUGGCCGGCCCGGCCUUCAUCAAGCUCGGCCAGUGGGCGGCCUCGCGCUCCGACAUCUUCCCCAACGAGCUCUGCGAGACAAUGUCCAAGCUGCACUCUAACGCACCCGCCCACUCGAUGCGGGUCACGCGCGCGACGGUCGAGGCGGCCUUUGGUGGCCGCCCCUUUGAGGAAAUCUUUGACGAGUUCGACGAGAGGCCGCUCGGUGUCGGCGCCAUCGCCCAGGUCUACAAGGCCAAGCUGAAGCCGGACCUGGCGUCGCCGGCGGACUCGGACCUCGUCGCAGGUAGGCAGCAGCAACACAUGGCGGACAACGUCAAGCACCACGUCAAGACGGUGCUCCUGAGCUCGCCGAGCCGCGUGCCGUCGACGUACGUGGCGAUCAAGGUGCUGCACCCCAACGUCGAGCGGACCGUCCGGCGCGACCUGCGCAUCAUGGGUUUCUUCGCCGCCGUCCUCAACGCCGUACCGACCAUGGAAUGGCUCUCGCUGCCCGGUGAGGUCGAGCAGUUCGGCCAGAUGAUGAAGCUGCAACUGGACCUGCGCAUCGAGGCGGCCAACCUGGCCACGUUCCGCCAAAACUUCAAGGACCGGUCCACCGCGUGGUUCCCGUACCCGUACACCGACUUUACGACGCGCAACGUGCUGAUCGAGGAGUUUGCGCAGGGUAUCCCGCUCGCCGAUUUCAUGGAGAACGGCGGCGGCGUGUUCCAGUACGACAUCGCCGACGAGGGGCUGGACGCCUUCUUGCGCAUGCUGCUCCUCGACAACUUCGUGCACGCCGACCUGCACCCGGGUAACAUCAUGGUGCGCUUCUACCGCUCCGCCAAACCUGAGCUGCCCCUGCGCCACCACGUCGCGGACGCGCCUCCGCCCGCCGCCGACCCGUCCGACGUGACCGAGGAGGUGCUCGAGCGGCUGCGGCCGUACCGGCGCGGCGCCGACCCCGCCGCGUGGCGCGCCGAGCUCGCCGCCAUUGACGCCGAGGGCUUCCGGCCGCAGCUCGUCUUCAUCGACACCGGGCUCGUCACGGAGCUCAACGCGACAAACCGGCGCAACUUCCUGGACCUGUUCCGGGCCGUCGCCGAGUUUGACGGCUACAAGGCGGGCCAUCUGAUGUGCGAGCGCUGCCGGCAGCCCGACGCGGUGCUCGACCAGGAGGUGUUCGCGCUCAAGAUGCAGCACCUGGUGCUCGGCGUCAAGAGCCGCACGCUCGCGCUGGGCAGCGUGCGCAUCGGCGACAUCCUGCAGCAGGUGCUGGCGAUGGUGCGCGGCCACCACGUGCGCCUCGAGGGCGACUUCGUCAACGUGGUUAUUAGCAUCCUCCUGCUCGAGGGCAUCGGCCGCAGCCUCAACCCGGACGUCGACCUGCUUAGUAGCUCCCUCCCGAUCCUGCGCCAGCUCAGCACGCAAGGCGGCGCGGCGGCCGCGGGUGACUUUUCCAUGAUCCUCCUCUGGGUCGGCCUGGAGACGAGAAAGUUUUUGCAGGCCAGCAUCGAAGACGUUGAACGCUGCGUCAAAUAUGAUCUCUUGUCUCCUAAUGUUUAG